CACAACGAGUGCGAAGCCAUAAGUGACAAAAAUGAGACCACUUUUGGCACGUGUUAUACGCGUGAAGAGUGUGUUCAACACAAUGGCGUGCAAAGGGGUAACUGUGCCAAUGGAGACGGCGUUUGCUGUGUCUUCGAGAACAGUUGCGGAAAGACAGUAAACGCAAACGUUUCCUAUUUUUUGAGUCCCGAUUAUCCAAACGCUUUUAACGAACCCUUCAGUUGUACUCUAAAAGUGUGUCAAUACAGAGUAGAUUUUAUUGAGUUUGAAAUCGCAAAUCCAAUCGAUUAUAGGCAAGAGUUGCGAGAACUUAAUUUCGGAUCAAUCAAUAGUGAGUCCAACUGUAAGGAAGACCUGUUUGUAGUGACCCAAUCCAACCGCAAUCAACCCAUACCUGUAUUGUGCGGCACAAACACCGGACACCACUUGUAUAUUCCGGUCGACGAAUCGGACAGUAAUGUCAUUGCAUUCACUGUUUUGACAGGAAUUCGACAAAUGGAUAGAAAGUGGAGAAUAAAGAUAACACAACUUCCCUGCGAUUUGCCGCAGGAAUUCUUGGACAUCGAUUACUCGAUAUGUAUUCGGAAACCGAAAAACAUGUGUUAUUUGAGUUUAACGAACGCACCGGAAGUGCAAACCAUAGCCAUUAACGGGACAAAUAAUGCGGCCGAAGACCACACAAACAGUACGGACUCGGCGUUAGUCGAUAGGAUCGCCACAUUAGUCCAGUCGGAGGCGCGUCCGUUGACCGAACCCAUACAGGUUGGCGACACUCCCCGCUCAAUGUCGGCCCCCUUUUUCGACACAUCCGAAGCGCUGUUGCCAUUGAGAGCGAGAGCCGCUUUCUAUCCGCGCCGUACCUCUCGUCGAGACGGUGUCUGUCAGACCGACCACUACUGGAUCACAUAUCCCGGAUCUAAUCGGAUGUGUUCGUACGAUUUGGAACCACUCAUCUCUCCUGUUAUAAAAAAAUAUGUGACUUUAGAGACCAAUAAAGGAAAUAUCGAGUUAGAGCUGUUCUGCUCUGAGACGCCCAAAACGUGCGAAAAUUUUGUCGGGCUCUCUCGAAAGGGCAAAUACGAUAACACCAUCUUUCAUAGAGUUAUCAAAGACUUUAUGAUACAGGGCGGGGACCCCACCGGCACCGGAAGGGGCGGCACAUCCAUAUGGGGCACGAAGUUUGCGGACGAAUUUCGCGUCGACAAAGGGCUCAAACACGACUCCGCGGGUAUCCUAAGUAUGGCUAACUCUGGAAAUGACACGAAUGGGAGUCAAUUCUUCAUCACUUUAAAGGAAACUCCACAUCUCGAUGGAAAGCACACUGUUUUCGGUAAAGUGAGCAAAGGUUUGAAUGUUGUUAAAACUAUCGGUAAAGUGCGGACCAAACUUGACAAACCCGUAGAAAAUGUCUACAUUUUGAGCGCAAGAGUCCACUAA